CUUCCCACAUGCAGGUAAACGCCCCACCAUGGCAUCACGAGCAGUCGUCAUAACGCAUCCAUCCGUUAUUAGCAGCCUGUAAUCCCGGAGCAGCGAGUUGUCAAUAGACGGAGCAGGACACGGAUACAGAGGAAAGGAGCCAGACAGGGAGAGGAGCCUGUAGGCGGAUCGCCUCCCGGGACAAACCACCGCACAGUGUGAAAGUAACUGCAGGAGAUGCUCACCGUGGCGGAGAAGGGCGCUCUUUAACGACAGGGAAAAGAGGGAUGUGAUUAGAGGCUGCUUUUCUCUCGGGAUUUAUUUAUUUUGUCUGGAGCUUGCCUUUUUUUUCUUGACCUAUAACGCCUCUAUCUAGCGUGCAAUCCAGCGGGCAGCACGCGCUGUUGUCCGCGACAAGAGAGAGGUCAAGACAAAGUCACUUCAGUGGCACAAAAGAAUAACUUCAAUUUACCACCCUUCUUUGAUACUUUCGCAUCUUUCCUUUCCCUCAUUUGCGCACUUAUUACUCGAUUGCUCUACUUGAGGCGGAUACUCUUCUAUGGCAAGAAAGGAUUAAUAUUCUGCAACCAAGUCCACACUAAAAGCAAAGGGCGCGGAAUGAGUGAGAUGGUGAUGCUGGUGCAGGAAUGACAGCUGCUGAAUGGGGGAGCAUGGAGCAUCUAUAGGGGAGCUUUAUGUUGAGACCGGCUGAGUAGCCGAAAACGAAGAACGUGCCCGGUAUCACCGAGUGGAGAGAACGUUUUUCUCACUCUCCCUAUCCGUUGCUUUUCCUCCACUCUCAAAUUACAACCUCAAAUUCCCACGACUGCAGCGUGAAAAAAAGAUUGGUAUUUUGCUUUAAAUGGCCAAUUAACGGAGUCUUAACGUAACGCGGGGCGCUCAUGCGGAGUCCAAAUGAGUGCGCAACGCGGCGGUGCGCCGGUUUAACGGCGUUUUUUCCACGCUCACACUUCGGUCCCAGUGGAUCAGCGGUGGACACUGGGCUGCUUUAGGUUUCAGGCUACCACCAGUCUUGUACCCGUACCAUAGGCUUUCAUGCAAACUCAUCGGAAACUCAAUUAAAAAGCCUUUGCUUGCCCUACCACCUCUCUAGGAGCCCGGCAGCGCAUCCAUCCCUGCAAGGUGCAAGACCCUCUAAAAAAGUGGAUAUGAUUUCUUAUUUGGUUUGCAAAUCUACUUGAGCAGAAAGAGGAUUAUUUGACACAUUUUUCCAGAGUGGAGUUCUACACCUGGCUUGAUAACCGGAGGGGAAAUAAUCUCCACCUAACCGGAGUCGAGGAGGAGAGGGAGCAGCUCAGAUCUCUGGAUCCAUUUCCCUGAGCCGUCUAUCUUUUCAGCCCAUCUGCCAGUCACUGCAAGGAAUCUUCAUGUUGUGUUUAAAUAAAUCACAGCACCCAGAUAGAGUUGCCCUGUUCCAAGUGGAGGAUAAUGGAACGGCUUUGGAUCUCUUUGCUGUUGCUGGCAGCAGCAUGCAAGGGGCAGCCGUGUCCGAAACGCUGUAUGUGCCAGAGCCUCUCGCCAUCGCUUGCUAUCCUCUGCUCCAAAACAGGCUUGCUGUUUGUUCCUGCUGCCAUUGACCGACGCACAGUGGAGCUACGGCUUCAGGAGAACUUUAUAACAGCUGUCCGAAGAAAGGACUUUGCCAACAUGACCAGCCUGCUACAUCUGACCCUGUCCAGAAACACCAUUAGUCAGAUUCUCCCUUCAGCUUUCAGUGACCUGCGGCGACUCAGAGCCCUGCACUUAGACUCUAACAGAAUAACUGUGAUCAAGGAUGACCAUUUCAAAGGCUUGACGAACCUUCGUCACCUGAUCCUGGCCAACAACCAGCUCCACGCCAUAGCUCCCCAUGCUUUUGAUGAUUUCCUGUCCACACUGGAGGAUCUCGACCUUAGCUACAACAACCUUGCAGAGGUGCCCUGGGACACGAUUGGGCGGCUAACCAAUGUUAAUACCCUAAAUAUGGAUCACAACCUCAUAGAAAAUGUUCCCCAAGGUGUAUUCACCAACCUACACAAACUGGCAAGGCUAGACAUGACAUCCAACAAGCUAAAGAAAAUUCCCCCGGACCCGUUGUUCCUGAGAAUCCCAGUUUAUGCCAAGUCCAGAGGCUCUCCCCUCACCUCCCUUGUGUUGAGUUUUGGUGGCAACCCUCUUCACUGUAACUGUGAACUUCUGUGGUUAAGGAGACUGACAAGAGAAGAUGACCUUGAGACAUGCGCCUCUCCACCCGACCUCAGUGCCAAAUAUUUCUGGACUAUACCUGAAGAGGAGUUUAUCUGUGACCCACCAGUUCUAACCCGUAAGUCACCUCAUACUGUAGCUAUGGAAGGCCAGCCUGCAAGCCUUAAGUGCAAAGCGAACGGCGACCCAGAGCCAGAAGUCCACUGGAUCAGCCCUGAGGGGCGACUUAUAUCCAAUGGCUCAAGAACAUUGGUUUUCCCGAAUGGAAGCCUGGAGAUCAAUGUUACUUCCCUGAAGGAUUCAGGAAACUUCACCUGCAUUGCCUCCAACGCAGCAGGCGAAUCAACAGGAAGGGUGGAGCUAGUUGUCACGGCGAUGCCCCAUCUGGCUAACAGCACAAGCCGUAGUCGAGACCCAUCCUCGGAACCCGCCCCGUCUGACAUCUUAACUUCCUCUAAGGUUGCACUGCCUAACAAUGAGAGCAGAGGCGGAGACCGGAGGGUUUCAUUGGUGGAACUGACAGGAAACUCUGCACUCAUAAGAUGGAGCAGUCAGACUCCUACAUCUGGAGUCAGAAUGUUCCAGGUCCAGUACAACAGCUCUGGAGAUGACACACUAGUUUACAGGAUGAUUCCGUCUACCAGCAAUGACUUCUUGGUUCGGGAUCUCGCUGCAGGACGGAACUACGAUCUUUGUGUCCUGGCUGUGUUUGAUGAUGUCAUCACAUCAUUGACUGCAACACGUCCUUUGGGCUGUCUGUCGUUCACCACGGACACAGAGUUCAGCCAGUGCCAAGCAUUGCACAGCCACUUCCUUGGAGGCACCAUGAUCAUCAUCAUUGGAGGGAUUAUUGUCGCCUCAGUGCUGGUGUUUAUUAUCAUCUUAAUGAUACGAUACAAGGUUUACAGCCACCAAGGGGCAAGCCAUGGAAAAGGAGCCAUUGUGGCAAGUGCGGCAAGACCGCAAAGCAAUGGACAAGGAGGGGGUGGACAAGUUCAAGUCCUUCCUCACUCUGCCUCAAAAAUGCCUGAUAGUCAGGAGGACCAAGUGCUAUCCCCUUCCAGGGCUAUGUCGCCUAGCAACACACUGAGAGACACUGUGGCAUUGGUUGAGGAAGAGAGCAGUGGACGGAGCACAAUGACAAGGACUGACUCCUUGGCCAAUGAGGAGUUGCUCUCGCCCACAAAUGCCCGCUUCACCUCCAGGGUCGCCAUUGAGAUGAAAAGCAGACCGCCAUCUGUUGCCAAAGAGCCCACCUCCCCCAAGGAACUGGCAGAACCCUGAUGACGUUGACCUGAGUGGCAGAUGUGAAGAAUAGACAUCACCACCAGGGUGAAGCUGGUGCAAACUCUGAAGAAAAAAAGGCCCUAUAGCUCCCCUCCUGUAUCUCCUGUUUAUUGUACCCAUUUCUUUGUUUCCAUGAGCACCAUGCGGUUAGAGACCUGUAUCGUCUGGUUUACUUAUGACUGCUCAUCUCGGUUCUUGUGACUGGAUUUGUGUAAAGGCCCUCGAUCCGUUGGGCUGUUGACUACCCAGUUGCUGCAGGAUCCAGCUAUUGGGGUGUACAUCUUCAGUCAAUUAUAUUGAAAUGGAGCAGACUCAAAUGCUGACAUUUUGGCAUUUCAACAACUGUAUCAGUGUCGAAGCUGGUACAAUGGCUAAACGUCAUUUCAAAGCAACAUAAAGAAGAAAAUGGAUAUGUCAACAUAAAACUAGAAACAAAAUGUGAAUGAACUGCACACCGUCUGGGAAAGCAUUGACAGCACGGACAGAUGCUGAAAUGGUUGUAAAGAAUAAUCAUUAAAAGUUGAAUGCAUAGAUUAUCACACUCAACCUGGAUCUAAAUUAUGUUAAAGUGAGUAAUAUCACAUAAUAUCUGGAUGGGUCUGGCUUUGGAUUUGAACAUAUGCUCAACACUCAACAUAUUAUGGCUCUCUACCUGCAACUGAACUUAAGGGACUUUCAAAAUAAUUGGUGAUCUUAACUUGGACUGGACCUGGUUCUCUCCCAAUAAGAAGUCCAGUAAGGGAACUGAACUGGCUUGACACGUGCAGACCUGAGCCCAAGUGGAGCCUGAACUGGAAUUGUACUGGUUGAUUACACUGGUAAAGGAUUAAGACUGCAGUUACCAGACUUAGCUGGACAAAACUAGACAGGCUCCUUGUCUGCAGGUCUAGUUUGUCUAUUCUUAUAUCCACUGCUUUCCACUGGAUUGGACCGCUGAGGACCUUAAGGACCUUUACUCCAGUCCACUUAUCAGACCCACUGACCAGAAGGAAAGCCACAAGCUGAAGACGAACACGGAUGAACAGAUAAGAGUUAAAAAAAAAAAAAAUCAAGAAGAGGGGUGCCAGUUAGCCAAAUCACAACAAUUUCACUCGUUAUCCCCACUGAUUUCACCAAAAUCAUCAUAUCUGUCACUUCAGGAGAAUGUCACAGGUCUACAAUGGGAAUCUGAAUAUGUUAAUGUGAAGAAAAACAAAAAAGACUGUGUACGACUGCAUUGACAACAUCUUGGUUGUAGUCAUACAGGCCCUUAUCAUGAUGUCAUUACCAUCACGGAGUGUGUUUAUGUGCACACAUCAUGACAAAUAACAGCUAACAUCUCACUUGCUCUAUUCCUGAACUGUUACACCUCCACAUGUGUCUGACAGAAAACCCUUUAGAUCAACCAAUGACACGGGUGCUCUAUAUAAGCACCUUCUUCAUCAUUCUGAUACGUCGAGCUCCAUGCUGGUUGUUGUAAAUUGGAUAUGAAGUGCCAUCUCAGAUAUAUACCAUCCAUUUGUGUAUGUGUGCACAUAAUUGCACUCCCCACCAUUUACUAGUGCCAUCAUAACCAUCAUGGCUGUCCCCUGCAGAGAGUAAUGAAAGAGCAAACAGACAGAAAACCUCAAACACACACACACUACCCCCCCCCCCC